CCUUCCCCUGCGCUCCCUUCUCCGGCGGCAUCUCGCUCCAUCCCUCUUUCUCCCUUCCCUUGCAGACUCCACUCCAGAUCUGUGCUGCUACCUGCAAACUUUUUUUCCUUUAUCAUUUUCUUUUUUUCCCCCCUCCUCUCUCUCUUUAUCUUUUUGGAGUGGAUUCCCCUAAAACCAGCAAACAACUAACUGCUGCUUUUGCGUCUUCUUCAUUCCGCGGGUCCUUCGCCCAUCGGAGAGGCGAUGCCACGAGGGUUUUAACUCCGUUCGGCCGCAACUUGGGAGGCAGCUCUAUUUUUGCCCCUAUUUUGGGUAUUUUUUAAAUUCUGUUUGGUUUUUUGUUUUUGUUUUUUGUUUUUUGUUUUUUGUUUUUUUUUAAGACCUGCCCUUUUAGUUUCGCAGCCAAACGCUCUUAGUGCCGGGUGUUUAGAGUUUAAUGAGUGGCAAUGUGUAGCAAAGCGAUCCUAGCACUCCUGGUCUAUGGCAUAAUAAUGCACUGCAGUGUCUACUGCUCACCUGCGGCCGGACUUCAGUACCCGGCGCUCAGGCUGGAGGAUGAAGUCUACGACGAGGACGGGAACACCCUGCAGGACUUCGCCUAUGACCACGAGCCCCUCGGUAUAGCGAAUCCGUCCUCCAUGAUAGGCGAGAUGUACACCUUGUAUUACCCACCGGAAAAGAGGCACGCCGAUGGGAUCUUCAACAAAGCCUACAGGAAACUCCUGGGCCAGUUAUCCGCCAGGAAAUAUCUGCACUCCCUGAUGGCCAAGCGGGUCGGCGGUGCCAGCGGCGGCCUGGGGGACGAGGCGGAACCGCUGACCAAGCGGCACAUAGACGGCAUCUUCACGGACAGCUACAGCCGCUACCGGAAACAAAUGGCUGUCAAGAAAUACUUAGCAGCCGUCCUGGGGAAAAGGUAUAAACAAAGAGUUAAAAACAAAGGACGCCGAGUAGCGUAUUUGUAGCGAUGAGUAACCAGCCACUCCUGUGUAUACAAAGUCCUGAGAGAGAGAGAGAGAGAGAGAGAGAGAGAAAGAGAGAGAGAGAAACCCAACAACAACAAAAAAUCUAAACAAAAACAAAAGUCAUUUCCAAACUGACUGAACAAUCACCGCUCCUGUGUUAUCUAAACAUGUAUUUAUGUAUGAAGUAAAGCCAUUAAAUGAA